UUUUUGAUGAAUCAUUAUCCAGUCCUUGCAUUAUUCAAGCAAUUUGAAAUGCAGCAUUAGAUUUCAUGCUGCUGUAAUGGAUUGUUUUAUUUGCAAUGUGAUGAUUGUUGUGAAUGGUAAAGUCCCUUUAAACGUAUCUGGUAGGAACAGCCUACGGGUUUUUUUUGGUUUUUUUUAGAAUGUAUAUUACUGCAUACAACAAAUGGCACUACUUCAAAUAUUAGAACAGCUCCCCAGAUAAAGCAGGCAGACAGCAUACAGCAUAACAGGAUCAUGGCUUUAAGGUGGGAAAGAAAAUGUAGAUGAAAAGCAGCAGGGAAGAGAAACCUCAAGCCUCAGAACGGAGGGCUCUCUCUGCUGGGGAUCACACCAUCUCACAAUGUCAAAGAAAGGUGCAGGCAGCCGAGCUAAGGGAGACAAACCUGAUGCCUUAGCCGCUUUACAAGCUGCCAAUGAAGAGCUCAGGGCCAAACUGACAGACAUUCAAAUCGAACUCCAGCAAGAAAAGAGUAAGGUGAGCAAGUUGGAAAGAGAUAAAACACAGGAAGUGAAGCACGAGCAACACAAGUCCACAGUGGUGGUGACGGAACUCAAAGCCAAACUUCACGAAGAGAAAAUGAAGGAGCUGUACUCUGUGAGAGAGACGCUGUUAAGGCAGCAUGAAUCUGAGCUUCUCCGGGUCAUCAAAAUCAAGGACAGCGAGAUCCAGCGGCUGCAGGCCCUUGUCAACGCCAUACGGGAUGGAACCACUGACAAGGUGAAAACAGUGCUGUUCAUCGAAGCUAAGGAGGAGGCCAAGAAGGUAUUUGAGUUUGAGAAGAUUCGAAUGCAACAGGAGAUUUCUGAGCUCAAGGGAGUUAAGAAACAAAUGGAGGAGACUUUAACUCUGGCUAUUCAAGCUGACAAAAUGAAGGCUGUAGAGAUAAGGAGUGUCUACCAUCUGCACCAGGAGGAGAUCUCCAGAAUCAAAAGGGAAUGUGAAAGGGAAAUCCGGAGACUGAUGGAUGAGAUUAAAUUAAAAGACAGAGCAGUCUACGUGCUGGAAAAAGAGUUGGGGGUUCAAGCUGGGCAAGCUCAGAGACUCCAGCUCCAAAAAGAGGCUUUAGAUGAACAACUUGUCCAAUUCAAAGAGGCUGAUCGACAUCUGAGUAGCCCGAAACGAGAGGUUCCUUAUACAAGUGGUGCAGGAGACGCCUCAGAUCACUCAGGAAGUCCUGAACAGCAGUUGGAUGAAAAAGAUGCACGGAGAUUCCAGCUUAAAAUUGCUGAAUUGAGCUCAAUCAUCAGAAAGCUGGAAGACCGAAACACACUGCUGUCGGAGGAAAGAAAUGAACUCCUCAAACGGUUACGGGAAGCAGAGAGUCAAUACAAGCCGAUCCUGGAUAAAAACAAACGACUCAGCAGAAAGAAUGAAGAGUUCACCCAUGCCUUACGUCGUGUGGAGAACAAACUGAAAUUUGUCACCCAGGAGAAUAUGGAAAUGAGGGAAAGAGCAGGAACGAUUAGACGUCCAAGCUCUUUGAAUGACCUCGAUCAAAGUCAAGAAGAGCAAGAGAUUGAAUUUCUGAGGCUGCAGGUUAUUGAGCAGCAGAAUAUCAUUGAUGAUCUUUCUAAGGCAAUGGAAACUGCUGGCUAUGUCAAGAGUGUCAUAGAGCGAGACAAGCUACUGAGGUACCGAAGACAGAGAAAGAAAAUUGUAAAGCCAUUUAAGAAGCCAGUGGUUGAGACAUUCUUUGGGUAUGAUGAAGACGCCUCCUUGGAUUCUGAUGGUUCUUCAAUCUCAUAUCAAACCGACAGGACACCCUGUACUCCUGAUGAUGACAUGGAAGAAGGCAUGGCCAAAGAAGAAACUGAACUGCGUUUCCGCCAGUUGACUAUGGAGUACCAGGCUCUGCAGCGAGCAUAUGCACUAUUGCAAGAACAGGUUGGAGGAACAUUAGAUGCAGAAAGAGAAGUUAAGACACGCGAACAACUUCAAGCUGAAAUAGUUCGAUUUCAAACCAAAAUAGAAGAUCUUGAGAAAACGCUGGCAGAGCAAGGGCAGGACAUGAAAUGGAUUGAGGAGAAGCAAGCUUUGUAUCAGAGAAAUCAAGAGCUUGUGGAGAAGAUUAAGCAAACAGAGACAAAGGAGACUCGCCUAAAACAUGACAUCCAGGAUGUUAAAGACCAAAAUGAACUUUUAGAGUUCCGUAUCCUUGAACUUGAAGAACGAGAGAGAAGAUCACCUGGGAUCAACUUUCACCAUAUUCCAUUCACAGAGGGGAGGAGUCCACUCCAGGUGUACUGUGAGGCAGAGGGGGUCACGGAUAUUGUAGUAGCUGAUCUGAUGAAAAAGUUGGAUAUUUUAGGAGAUAACGCCGUAAGUAACUUGACCAAUGAAGAGCAAGUAGUCGUCAUUCAAGCAAGAACGAUCCUGACCUUAGCGGAAAAGUGGCUCCAACAAAUAGAAGUCAUUAAAUCGGCUUUACAACAAAAAAUGCUGGAUCUUGAAAAUGAAAAGGAGCUCUUCAGUAAACAGAAAGGAUAUUUGGACGAAGAACUUGACUACAGGAAGCAAUCGAUGGAUCAGGCUCACAAGCGGAUCCUUGAGUUGGAGGCCAUGCUGUUUGAUGCACUGCAGCAGGAGGAUGGUGCUAAGAUGUCUGAGAUCCUGUCCGAAGAGGAGAGGGGGACUCUGAAAAGAGCGGUGAAGCAGUGGAAGCGGCAGGUCAUGAGUGAGCUGAGAGAGCAGGACGCUCAGAUCCUGAGGGAGAGGAUGGAGCUGGUUCAUCACGCACAAAAGAGAAUUAAAGAACUUGAAGAAAGAAUAGAAGCACAGAAACGACAGAUAAAGGAACUGGAAGAAAAGUUUUUAUUUUUAUUUUUGUUUUUUUCUUUAGCUUUCAUUCUUUGGUCAUAGUUCUUCCACACUGCCAGAGAAGCCAACAGGUGAACAUAGACAUGUGUGUCUCUUAUUAAAGUUGGCACUAGUUGGCCAAGGCAAGAAAAUAAAAGAAAAAUAUAAAAAAUUGGAAAGACACUUGUGAUCUUCAAAGAAGAAAAAUCAGACAGACCGAAGCCAAGAGAGCCAUGGAGCUUUUUUGUUACCCCUACAAAAGAACUGGCCAAGUCUGUAAACACAGCAACAACGCUGGAGUGUGCGUUUACCUUGCAAAACAACUGUGGCUUUGGAAGAGAAGAAGCUGAUGCAAAUGAUAUUGUGAUGAAACAUUUUCUAAAAUCAAAGACCAGGAAAGCAGUAACAGUAUAAAGGUGCUGAUUAAAAAAUCUUGGAUUUUAGUGAAUGCAAUUUAAGAACUCUUAAAUUGAUGAUUUUCCCUGCUGAGCAGGUUAGUAAGCACAACUGCUUUUGUAUAGAAGCAUGAACAAAUAAAAGAGACUACUUCCAACCUGUUUACUCAGAAUAUUCUCAGUAAACAUGUAAAGCUAAUGAUGACAGCCUUCCUCAGCUUGAAAACACAGUCAAUUUUAUUGAAAGAAUGACAAGAUGAAUAAGUCAUCUAAGCAAGUUUCUUUCAUCUGACAAUAAGCCAACCAACAGUCAAAGUACAGCUGGAAAAACAGGAUAUUGAACAUGUUUUUAAUAAAUAUAUCAGAAGAUUUUUAUCAAGGGGCUGUAUGUGUUCCUCUGAGUGACUGUGCAGCAGCAUUUCACAGUAUUCUGAAGCAGAGAAGGCUCAAUAUGUAGAUGUUUACAUCAAUUGUGUGGUGUUUCUGAAACUAAGAUCAAAGAACUAGCAAAAGGAAAUCAGUUAGCUCUCUCUUAUCGACAAAAGGCAAGGGCCUCCAGUUGAGAACAAUUUAAAUGAUGAAAUCAGGACUGUAACUGAAUUUAUAUGUAAUAUAAAUCAGAUCAGAAGAAUGACAUUUCUACUGAAACCAAAUCAUGGAGACUUUGUGCUCAUAACCGGAUAACUGUCUGUGGUAGAACUUAGUGAUAUAAGUACACCUGACAGAAGAAUGUCCUUCAAGGGAGAAUACAACUUUAGAGCGAUCUGCUGUCUUACUUUCUUACCAGCUGUGUAAAACUGCCAGUUCACCCAUCAACACUGAAAUCUUACCAACCAGAUCAUUCACUGGGUUUGAUUAUAUCGUCUUUUGUUAAUAACCUACAAUAACAAACUUGUCAUGGACUGCUAAUUCAACGGUGAGGAUUACCAUCUCUCUAAGAAGCAUUAUCAGUCUGAAGCAGCGGGCUCUUAUGUGCUGUUCCAGCCCCAACAGUCUCAACCAAUCACUUGAGAACAUAAAAGUAAGAAUGUCCAAAAGAGGGUUGUAAUGAAACCUACCAUGGUCUGGUAAAUCAUACUUGUGAUGUCUCUGUGGGUAUAAUUUGUAAUCAGAUGGCCAUAUAGUCCAAUUAAAAGAAUACUCAUUUAGUAAAUUGUGUACUUUUAUUAUAAACACAUUUAUUUACAGUGGCUAUGUUGUUUUAAAAUAUGGUACCUGAAUUUGGUUUAAUUUUUCUCAUUGCAUUAUUAUUUGCAGAUGUAUCAUACUUUGUCUUAUAGGCUGUGAUACAUGUCCAUGUGUCUGUUUGUCAAAUAACACAAUGUUUGGGUUUGGUUGCCUUCAAACAUGUACUCUAUGUGUGCUCUAUAAUCUAGCUGUUUAAUAGAGUGAUUGAAUGUAUGAUGCAGGCACUUCUAAAACUUAAUUUAAAUUUUUCUCAUGGGGACCUUAAGUUAUUGGCCUGCUUGGAAAAAAACUAACAGUGCUGCAAAUUGUAUGACAUGUUUUUGCACGAUAUACUUCAGCACAGGGUGCAUUUUUAUAUGCACAAUAUGAUGAGAAGGCAAGUAAUAUAAAGGUAACACAUUUCAUUUAAUACUCAGGCCAUGCUUUUGCAUGUUGUAUGUAUGUGUAUAUCAUGGUGUCAUUCAACAGUAUUUUGCACAGAACAAAAUGAACGUUCUUGACUACACAGUUGAAUAAUCAUUUGAUUGAGGAGAAAAAACUGUAAAGAAAUAAAAAAUACAGGCAUGUAACAUGAAGUGGUGAUCGGUACAGAAAUAUGUUUAUUUGUAUACAAGAUGAUAUUUGUAUAGAGAUAAUUUAAAGGCCAAAUGUGUUGUUUUCCAUCAUUUCCACUAGUCAUGUGGCACUCACAAGCACCAAAUGUGUUCUAAAGAUGACUGAAGAGUCUAGUGAAACUGCAUCACAUCCACGUGUGGAUUUGAUUUACCAAAAAAGGGUUGUUUAGAUUCCAUGUACUGCGUUCGGUGUAAGUAACUUAAAAUUGAUAUUAAACAUAAAUCUAAAUCUAAGAUUUUGUCUCUCUCUUUGCGGCUGUUGUUGUAAAUGUACAACGUCAAAGUCAUCAUUUAGAACGUAAAUAUAAGUGUGGCUCUGAGUGUGUCUAAAUUAAAAUCCAUUUGAGCUUCAGACUCCAAUAGCUGACAUCUGGCAUGUACUCAAUGGUGUGUGUUGGUAAACAUAUUGUUGAAACAUAUUGUUGAAGCUGUUAAAGGACAGAAGCUGUUAUUUGAAGUAUUCUAAACAAUAAUUAAAAGCCUUCACUAAACCCCCCGAGUGCCUUACACAGCUUGAGAACAAAAACAUUCAACUUUCUUUAAUAAACCUUUUGACUUGCAAAACAUGCUGUGGUGCCAGAUCCCCUGCAUGCUUUGGUCAAAGGAAGCCACACUUUGACAACGCAGUGUCAGCACUUAAAAGGUUAAUUUACAUGCUACAUUUUUAUGGAUUUAGUUUAGACUCAGGAAACCAUAUUGUGAAUAUUUUUUUAUUAAAUCAUAUUUAUUUCUUGUACAUUUUAUAAAAAGGGCCUAUUGUAAAUUUAUGCAAGAGUUAUAUACAUAACAAAGAAAUGUUCACUUUUGGCCAAAACAGGCCAGAAGUAAUGUGUUUAGGUGAUAUACAUAUAUAUUAUAACCUCUUAAUACUCCUUAAUCCAAAAUAUGUAAUGUAUGGUUAAGUGAUAAACCAGUAAUUUGCAGCCCUAAAACCAGGAUUAUUUGUUGAUCAGAUACAAAUUUUACACAUAUUUUUGUAUUGUGAUCCAUGUAUAUUAGCUCUUUCUAUUCAUUUGUAAAAUACAUAUAUUAUUGUACAUUUUUAAUAAAGCAUAAUUGUUUUAUUGCUUCAUGA